AUUAGUUCGUCCGAGCAAUUGACUGAGUUGAUUGUAGGAAAAACAGUAUACAAUGAUGCGGUCUGAAUUUGUUCAGAGGAUUGUUGUGUUAUGGAAAAGCUUAUCUACGUCCGACGUACGUUGAAAUGUAACGUUCCCGCAGCGAUAUCAACAGGCGCAAGAGGAAUGGGUUCGAAUCAAAACGACCAAAAUGCCGUAUAAACCAGAAAAGAGAAAUGAGGAAAAUUAUCAGUGUCCUGACGUUUCCAUUAUUUUUGUUGCUUUUCCACUUAGUAAAAUAUGUAGAGAGCGCAGGUGCUAAAAUACCCGGCAUCGAUAUAAGAAUGCCUCCAUCGCACAUUGCUCUUAGCGGGGACCUAAACGUAGAAAUAGUUUCGUCGUCUUUCUUACCGUUGGUGGUGCAACUGUCACGUCUAGAGGGUAACGUUGCACAACCCCUAACGACAUUUCCGGUCUAUCCGGAAGCAAGUGCUUUAAAGCGAAACCUUACUGUAGCUAAAAUUAAUUGUGGAUAUUUUUCUAGAGGUGGACAGUAUUAUGUACAGAUUAAAAAACAGCCCAUAGUUGGGGUAAAUUCGACCGAUUUAACUGACUCGCAAAUCAUAACCAGAAGUCUGGAUGUGCGAUGGCCAAUGCCACAACUAGUCGUCACCCCGGAAAACAUAAAGACCUAUCCGGAAAGUCCUGUCACUGCUAUACUAACAUUUCCGGAGGUGGUCUGCCCUCCGGUAAAGGGUGCCGCUCCCUCCGCCAUUCCGGAGUUUUGGCUCGAGCUCCACUACUGCGCUCAUUCCUUUCUCAAUUGCGAAGAAAAUGGUGAAGAACUCCAAAAUAAGUCUAGUCACCAGGUUUUAUAUUCCGAGCAAGUCCGAGGAUUACCUGGCAAAAGCGUUUUUAUUUUAAGGUGUGAACUUUUUGGCUUAUCAGGCCAUUAUGCAGUAUUUUUACGGCCAACGAAUCCAGAUCCGGCUUUACCGAGAACAGCAGCUUAUGUUAAGGUUGACUGGAGUGAUCAAUUUGUUUUUAAUGUCCACGCCCAUUCCAUUUUUCCUUGUGACACCCAUAGCGGAGGAAUUAAAGUAUUGUUUCAGUACCCAUCUUGUAUACUGGCAGAUAAAGAUAGAGUCCGUCUAUUUGCAAGAUUGCGAGCUAAUGUAGCAUCUUUAGCUCCUCCUACAACAUUAGAAUAUAUAUCAGAACAAAAGAUAAUACGAGGACAACAUAGCUUACAUUUCGAGUGUGACCUUUUUACCGAGAGAUACGUAGAAUAUUGCUUUAUAUACGUAAGUCAAAGCAUAUCAGGAGCUGUCGCAGAUGUUCGAGAAGAUUGUGUCCCGACAUUGCCAGUUUCAGAUCAAGAACGUGGAGGCUGGGGACCAUGGAGUCAAUGGACUCCCUGUUCAAGCACAUGUAUCGGAGGCGUGAGAAGCCGCUACAGAUUAUGUGACUCACCUGCUCCUAGAUACGGAGCUAAAUUUUGCGAGGGGCCAGCUGUGGAAACUGAAAAAUGUAGUACAACUCUGGGAUCAAGCUGGGAAUGCUUUUAUGCCGGUAGCAUUACAGGCAAUGACAUAAUUGCUGACGAAAUACCGGAAGUUGAAGCCGAAGUCGGUCCAUAUUGUAGAUGUGGUUGCGUUGUUCAUUUAGGUCAUGCAAAACCAAAGAGAUUUUUAGCGACUUCUAGUCAGAGCUGUCCAGGAAGAACUUUUUGGUUAAUACAGGCCGACGAAGAUUGUGUUAUACAAUUUAGAGUUGAGCAGUUCUAUUUGCCAUGCGGUAAUCAGUGGUUAAAGAUUCGAGAUGGCAGUUCCUUAUCUUCCACGUUAUUGGCUGAUCUAACAGGGCACCCUGGUUCCAGUCCAUCUCUGAUAAAUUCUACAGGGCCGAAUUUAUUACUAGAAUUUUAUUCGGACGAAGUUGCAAUUGGAUCACAAUUAUGCGGGGGAGGCUUCUUAGCUGAAGCAAGUCAGAUAAAACUAAUAAAGCUGAAUAUGACGGAAAUCCGGGUGGCCCACAGCAUUAGCACAGCUAUUCCAGCAGUAGUAUUGAAAUUAACUGCUGUUCAUAUAGCUGCGAUAUUCUUCUUGAGUGGCCUUAUAAUUGCAACGGUGCUGUUGGGAAUGCAAUACGCCGUUAGAUAUAGGAAAUAUCAUAUUGCAGAAGCGGAAGAUCAUGAUUCUUUAGCAGCCUCAAGCACGAGUCUUCCGUUAGUGACCAGAGCUCAGUCCAAUUCCACACUUUUAUCGGAAGUAAUUUCCCUUACCCGGAUGCGGCCCUUGAAUAUGAAAACUCGAAGGAACAAACACAGCCGCCUAAGGGAAUCGAUAGACUGCGAUCAAGAUCAAGAGGAAGAAGUCACUUUAGCAAAGGGGGAAGAAGAAUGUUACUCUGGUAGUACUAUCACGCUGACAGCUCCAACGGAAACAAUUACUUCAACAAUGCCAACAUUAGCUAAUCCAGAAUCUGACGAAAUAACACCCACAAGUAGUUUACCCACAUCACCUCGAGGAGAAUGGAGAAUUAUUCGUAGAUCUUCAACCAACAGUGAAAAGGAUAGAUGCAGUGAAAAAAUAUCUUCGCCAACUCCAGUGGGAAUGGAAAUGCUGAGGCGGAUCAGUAAUGCUACCUUAACAAACGUGAGCGAUGAGGACAUUUGCUGUAAAAGUGACCCGGGUUGUUAUUCUUCAGCUGCUAGUAUGGUUAGUACUGCAACUAUAAGGUCAACCAAUGCGAAAGCAACCAAAGAUAAGAAAAAUCGGGAGAAAUUAUUAGCAGGCCCUGGUGGUUCAGAGUUUUCAAUAGUGGGCCCUGAUAACGACCUUGAAAUUGAUUAUUAUGACUAUAAUGUAGUUAAUGCUGGUGCAGCUCCCGGAUCAUACUUAGGUAUGGAUCCGGCAUUUUUAGUGUGGAUACCUCCACUAGAUGAAACAGGGGAGAUACUUCCUCAAGAAGAUCAACAAUGUCUUGAAAUGACAGACAUUCGUCCUAGAGUCUACAUAGAUCCUGGAAGUAAUAAAGAAUCUCCAGAAGAAGAAUCGCUACUUCCUAAACCGAGAAGAAGAUCAGUGAGUGAGAGUACGUCAGUUUGUUCACCUAAAGUGAAGAAAAAGAGAAUUGUGCACCCACUAGUGCACGGUCUAAUUCAAAACACUGCACCACCAAACCAUAUCGACAACAGGUUCCUAAACGAGACGGAGCCGCUGAAGAAUAAUAGGCAAGUAACCAUACAACUUCACGAAUUUCCAAGAAAGUUGAAACCCUGGAAACCAGAUAUGGAGAAGGAAACUAAAGUGGAAAAGUCACCAAGCGUGGACAGCAAUGUACUCGACGAAAUACGAUUUGCAGACGACGACGCUGAUGAAAUGGAUUUUAACGAAAGAUCAAGCAAUUUAAAUAUUACUUGAAAAUCAAUUGCAAACCACUUACAGAAUUGAUAGAUAUUGUGAUCAUAAGCAUAUGGUUAUUAAUUUUAUAGAAGAAAAAACUAACUUACCAAGUCAUACAUACGUUCUAUUUAUGAUGCGUAAUAUUAAAAACUAUUUUUAUAGUAGAGACCAUUUACACUACAUACAGUCAUCAUAUCAAAUAUUAUAUUAUCAAAAUAAAUUCUUCAUACACCUUGAAUAUUUUCUUUAAAAAUCAGUCAAACGUAUAUCAGUUAUACAAACGUAGUUAAGUCUAUAUUAGUCUUAUAUCAUCAAAGGUCUUACCUCCUGAAUACAUAUUGAAAGUGGAAUAAAAAAUCCAUUUUAAUAAACAUUAUGCACUACUUAUGUUUUACAUAAUAUCAAAAUAUAAUGCCAUUAUAUGUUAUGUAUGUGUGUAUAUUCCAAAAAUAUGAGAAUAUCAUGUAUAAAAGGAAUAUUAUUGAACGAAGAACAAAUGAGACAUUUAUCUAGUCAUAAGUCAGGUGCAAUAUUUGUAAAAUAAUAAGGGUACAAGAAAGACUAUAAUAAAAAUCAAAAAUAAUGUGUCUGCUGUUAUUUCUAUCAAUAUAGUAAAAUAUUAGGUAAAUUAUUGUUUUAUAUUACUUCUAAUAAAAUUUGCCUAGACGAUAUAAAAGUUUUGGGUUGUAUAAUAUGGAUGAUGAAAAUGGGCAUUUAAAAGACACACUAUAAUAGGCCAGUAAGCAAGGGUUUUAGGGUCCGAAUUCUAAACACCUGCACCGAUUGACGUGA